UCGGCGCCCGGCCGCCUGCCUCCCCAGCUGCGAGCCGGAACCGCUGAGACCGGUGUCCCGUCGUUCUCCCUGGUACUUUCUACCGUCCCCGGCCGCACGGCGUCGGACCUGCUUACCCUCUCCGCGCAGUGCGAGCCGCUCCUGUCCUCACUUCCCUUUCCGCGCGGGUCAGCCCGGCCGCAGCGGCGAUGCGCCUCAUCCAGAACAUGUGCACCAUCGCAGAGUACCCCGCCCCGGGCAGCGCCGCUGCCGACUACUGUCUGGGGGCUGCGGGCCGCCGACUGGUCAAGAUCGCCGUGGUGGGGGCCAGCGGCGUGGGCAAGACCGCUUUGGUGGUUCGGUUCCUCACCAAGCGAUUCAUCGGAGACUAUGAACGCAACGCAGGUAAUCUCUAUACCAGGCAGGUCCAGAUAGAAGGCGAAACCCUGGCCAUACAAGUCCAGGACACUCCAGGCGUCCAGGUGCAUGAGAAUGGCUUGAGCUGCAACGAGCAGCUUAAUCGCUGCAUCCGCUGGGCAGAUGCCGUGGUCAUUGUCUUCUCUAUCACCGACCACAAGAGCUAUGAACUCAUUGGCCAGCUCCACCAGCAUGUCCAGCAGCUUCACCCGGGCACUCGGCUGCCUGUGGUGGUUGUGGCCAACAAAGCUGACCUGUUACACAUCAAGCAGGUGGACCCUCAGCUUGGACUGCAACUGGCCAGCAUGCUGGGUUGCUCCUUCUAUGAAGUAUCUGUCAGUGAAAAUUACAACGACGUCUACAAUGCUUUCCACAUCCUCUGCAAAGAAGUGAGCCACAAACAGCAGCCCAACAGCAUGCCUGAGAAGCGCAGAACGUCCCUCAUUCCCAGACCCAAGUCACCCAACAUGCAGGACCUGAAAAGGAGGUUCAAGCAAGCUCUGUCUGCCAAAGUGAGAACUGUCACGUCUGUCUGAAGCGUGACUCCUUGAGGGUGUUUGGUCUUCUGGGCAGAGGGCCUGAGGUUCUUAGGCAGGACCACUGCAGGUGGAUGGCAGUUCAUUGUUCCGGAAAGGGCUGCAGCAGAGGGGCCUAAGGGGCCUGUGGAAUUCUGCAAAAACCAAGUGUUUGGAGCCCGAGGACAGAUGGACGGCUAUGUGACUUUUCUGCCUGGUCCUUUACCAUGAGGAUGGGGCAUGUUUCUGUUCCUCACUACCUUAUAAAAUGGUGGUUAGUUUUGCUAAAUACAUUGACGUGAAUAAGGGCGGACACGAAAGAACCUGAGAAGCAUUCACAAGCUUUCUCUCCCGUCUCUAUUUUUUUUUCUCUCCCAAGAGGAAAGGUUGCUUUUCUCAGUGUCUCCAACAUGCUAUCUUUAUGGGAUGCCUUUCUGACUUGAAGGAUACCCAGAUUUCUUUACAAACAAGGAGGGACCCUCCCCACCCCAUAAAGGUCAUAUUGUAGGGCAAAAUAUUCUGUGUACAGACUCCUGUGAGCUGUGGUCUACAGGAAGGUGCUAGAUCUCCUGGUGCAGGAUGGGUAUACAUACUGAGUAGCUGUGAAAAACUCAACCCCGGACUGCCCAACUGUGACAGUGUAUAGUUGUUUGUUUGCUUUUUUUGUUUGUUUUUUAACUGUGGCAUCAGGUACAGAAAAAAGUGUUAAUUGAUGGUGGCGUGGUUUGUGUGAAUGACUCAUGGCAAUGACGUUGGGUCGCUUCCUGGGCCUGGCUGAGUCGUGGCUAUUGGUGGCUGAGAUAUUGCAAUGCUGUCUUGUUGAGUGCCAGAUGCGGCCUCACUGCCAAACCCCCUACACCGAUGCACUUUAAGAGGCCAACUAUGCUUUGGCUCAAACUGUAAUUUAUUUUAUGUACAAUAAAUCUCUCAUUUGAUAAGA